AUGGCAUCGUUUAGAAUUCACGAGGAUCAAGAAAAUACUUCAUUAGGAUUGAGAAAAGAUGCAGAAAUAUUCUCUGCUGCUUCACAACGUCGUGCUCUCGGCGAUCUUAGUCAGUUUGCUUGCAAUCAAAAUCGAAACAUAAAAAACACCCUGACGAAUGGACCUUGCAAAGUUCAAGAUGAGAAUAGAACAGUGCGCCAGAUUAAAAAUGAAAAAAACAUUGUACCCCCUGUGGCUCAAUUUCGCGCCUUCAGUGUCUACGAAGAUAAACCGAAAGAAGUUGAAGUUAAAAAGCGGGAGCCCUUCAAACCUUUUGUAGCGAAGGAGAUUAAAAAAGAUAAUUUCUUUUUAAAUGCUGCAGAGAACGUUAAAGCACUUUGUGCUCAAGUGGAAAAGCAAAAGCAGGCAGAAAAGGUUAAAGAAGUUGUUACCGUCCAACCUCCAAAAGAAUCUAAGAAAGAUGUCUAUGAAUCUCCCAUGUCCAUUGUUGACUCGAGCAUCCUGUCUAUGUCUAUUUCCCGCAAUGAAAGUCAGAUCAUUGAUGAUGAAGAUGCAAAUACAACGAAGGCACAGACUGAUCGUGAGAUGUUCUUCCAUGUUGCUGAGUAUAGGCAGGAUAUAUAUGAUUACAUGAGAGAAAUCGAGAUAAAGAACCGUGCUAAUCCGCGUUACAUGCGCAAACAGCCGGACAUAACACACAGCAUGCGUUCGAUCUUAGUAGACUGGUUGGUAGAAGUAUGUGAUGAGUAUAACCAACAAAGCGAGACCCUCCACCUGGCUGUGUCUUAUGUAGAUCGGUUCCUGUCUUAUAUGAGUGUGGUACGAACUAAACUCCAACUCGUUGGCACAGCGGCUACUUAUAUAGCAGCGAAAUAUGAAGAAGUAUAUCCACCAGAAGUGUCAGAAUUUGUCUACAUAACAGAUGAUACUUACACCAAACGUGAAGUGUUAAGAAUGGAACACUUGAUAUUAAAAGUGCUCUCCUUUGAUCUCUCUACACCAACAUCACUGGCAUUCCUGUCACACUACUGCAUCUCAAAUAGUAUAUCAAAGAAGAUCUUCAAUUUGGCUGCUUACAUUUCGGAGUUAUCACUUCUGGAGGCAGAGCCCUACUUGCAAUAUCGAGCGUCUUUGAUAGCUGCUGCUUCAUUAGCCACGGCACGCCACGCGCUGAUGUGUGAUCACUCACACCGCCACAGCCUCGAUGACCCACACUGCGCGGAGGUCAGCUGGCCGGCGAGUCUCGCUCGCACGGCGGGUUAUACUCUAACCGAGCUCCAGCCGGCCAUGAAGGAACUGGGACGCACACACGCACACGCACCACACCAACCCUACCGUGCUAUACCAGAUAAAUACGGGAACAAUAAGUACGACAACGUUUCCUCUAUCGAAGCAAAACCACUUUUCCCCGUCUCUGAAUACACCGCCCCGGCCGCCCGUCCCGCCGACAGACCGCGAGCAGAUACACGUGCAUGA